AUUUUAAUAGUUUGUACGUACGUAUGAGCGCGAUGAACAGCUUUUUUCCUGUGUGAACGACGUUUUUCGGGUAUAAAAGGUGCCGGUGCGUCCAUUAAUUUUUUAAUUUCCUCUCGUUUUCGUUAAAAUACACUUUUCUUCUGUUGUCUAAGCAGUUUUGGACCCCAUUAAAUUUUAAUUAAAGCAAAGCAUUUACAACCAUGAAGUUUCCAAGUUCCCAGCACGCACCCACCAAACUAAAAUCCACCGCUGCCGUACAGUCCAUCAUAAAACACUUCACCGAACAAGUUGACCAGGAAGAAGCGUUCUACGUGUGCAACCUCAACGACAUCAUCGAGAGGCACGACCUGUGGAAGUACUACUUACCCAAUGUGGUACCUUACUACGCUGUGAAAUGCCACGACGACAAACACGUCCUGGAAGUGAUGACCAACAAAGGAAUCAACUUCGACUGUGCAUCCAGAGGUGAAAUCAACAAAGUUCUAUCGGUAGGAUGCAGCACCGAUCGCAUCAUUUUCGCCAAUCCCGCAAAACCGAUCGGCCAUAUCCGAUUUGCAGCAGAAGUUGGUGUUAACACCAUGACUUUCGAUAACGAAAGUGAAUUGGUGAAGAUCCAGAAGGUGUAUCCUUCUGCCAGUUUGGUGAUUCGGAUCAGAUGUGAUGCCACAGAUGCGGUGUGUCCUUUAGGGAUGAAAUUCGGGUGUGAUCCUGUCAAAGAAGCACCGAGGCUUCUCCGUCUGGCUGAGUCGCUCAAUUUGAACGUCAUCGGGGUCAGUUUUCAUGUCGGAUCUGGAUGUAGGGAGCCAGAAGUCUUUUGGAGAGCCAUCAGUGAGGCGCGUAACAUAUUUAACUACGCCAGUACCCUUGGGUAUAAGUUUACCUUGUUGGAUAUUGGUGGGGGAUAUCCUGGUGGACAUGGAACGUCCAUUAAGAAGAUUGCCGGCAUAGUAAAUAAUGCCCUGGACAAAUACUUCAAUGAUUUGCCUGACGUAAAAUUCAUCGCUGAACCCGGAAGAUAUUUCGUCACUUCCGCCUACACGCUCACCUGCAACAUCUACUCCAUCAGAAACGUUUUUGACGAGAAUAAUAACGAAAUCACUCAUAAGAUGUACUACGUCAACGAUGGGGUUUAUGGUAGUUUCAAUUGCAUAUUAUAUGACCAUCGUACGGUCGAUCCGAUACCUUUAAGCAAAAAUCCAGACCUGGAAAAUACCAAACACGUAUCGAGUAGCAUCUGGGGUCCGUCUUGCGAUGGUCUGGAUCAACUGGUGGAGGACAUGGAGCUGCCCGAUCUAGAGGUGGGAGACUGGAUAGUUUUUGAGGAUAUGGGGGCUUAUACGUUAUGUGCAGCUAGUCCAUUCAAUGGUUUCCCGAUCCCGAAGGUUCAUUACUGCAUUACGCAGAAUGAAUGGCUAAAGGUCAAAGACACCCUCUCCCUACCAAAAGCAAAACUGAUAAUCAUCGACGAAAAAGCGACAGGACCGGACUUGGACGCAGAAGAGGCAGCAUUUGAAUCCGCUUACGACAAAUGCUGUCCGAUCGAAAACAGUGGAAAGAUCAUCGAGACGCUUCAUCAGCUGGUCGAUGUGGCCGUUUAAAGGUGUGAGCCCGUGAAGCUGGAUGCUUCAUGAAGCUCUUUUGUCCUUGUCCUAUUUUCAAAUUUUUGGUUUAAAAACAAACAAAAAAAAUCACUUCUACGACGUUUAUUGUUGACAAUUAAACCGCCUUAUUUAUUAUUGAUAUCUAUUGGGGUUAUCGUUUGACAAACAAAAAGAUUCGGGGAAACGCUUGUAAUUCUAGUUUUAAUGUUUUUUUCGUAAAUAUUGUGAUCUUAAGACCGACUAACGUGAAGGUCGUUACGGGUUUUACAAAAAAAAAUGCGCUUAGACGAUUAUUAUGGAAAUUAUAAAUUUUAUAAUAUGUUUAUUGAAAUAAAUAUAUUUUUCAAAACGACAA